AUGCAGCGUUGUAGUAUGAGCUCCAGAGUACCAGCAGCGAAUGGGCUGUACGCCCACAGCCCAGACGAGAACAUCUGGCGCCGCGCUACACCGAGCAAUUGGGCACCACACAGCGCGACUACGCACCAAGACUCCGCCAACCAGGGCAUGUACCUGAGACCAAACCAAUAUACGGCGACGAAGCCACGUCAGCCAACCCUGGAAGACAUCUUCUACGGCCGCCUCAUGGCCAUCGAAGACAGCCUCAUGCUUGUGUCAUCCGAGCCAGUGUCCCUGGCAGGCGUCAAGGCAGAGAUGGCUAAACUCGAGAUCCAAGUCUCCGAGAAUACAGCACUGGAGUGGGCCUAUAAUCACGUAAAGGUCUCCUGCAUGCUGGCGAUCGAGCUUGAAGCCGCCGUAGCGCCAACGGUCAUCCCGUCGACACCAGCGGGUGGCACACAGCACACCGGCGCAUGGGGCGACAACGAUAUUGUGGAAACUUCCACAACAGUCGACGAGGCGGAGACUACGGCUCAACGCUCCUUGCAAAGGACCCUGGGCGACGUCACAUGGAAGGACGAAGAGGUCAUGGAGACAUCCACGACCAUCGACGAAGCGGAGCGGACGGUUGGGCGAGCCCUCCGGAGGGCCGUGGGGGACGGGCGACCGACCACCCAUCAACGGACGAGUUCUGGGAGCACGCAGAGCUCCACCAGCCUCGAGAGCCUCGCGACACGCGAUGAUGAAGACGUCGGCUUGCAAACGAGGACUAGAGCUGAUGUCGCAGCGACACAGGAAGCGGGCAUCCGUGCGACGGAAGUCGCCGUCAAGCUGGCCAACGCACUAGUUACAAUCUGGUUGGCUCGCAAUUAUUUAUGA